GUGACUCUCCGCUCGGCAACAGGUAACACCCCAACCUUAAAGCUCCAAUGCUCGAAACCGCCAGUCACUGCUUUGUCGAUCCGUGUGUUAGGAAGUACAGAUUUGUCUGUCAGGCCUCUCUGGGAUGGUCCUCUGCCUGACCUGAAGACUUGAGGGAAACAGUGUAAUAUCUGGGCAGAGCUGAAGAGGAAUAGCAGGCACAACACAAGACGGCACCACUCUGAGAGAAAGUAAAGGACAGCGCAGAGGAAAGAGGAACCAUGAUGGAACUGAAGAUCCAGCUGAUCCCAACGGGGGAAAUUAUCCUUCCUCCGGGGAAGAACGGAGAAAACUACUGCCACAACUGCAAGGUGGUGGCGAGUGACGGGGUGCGGGCUAUGAUGGAGUCGGCCCUGACAGCCAGAGACCGGGUGGGCGUGCAGGACUUUGUCCUGCUGGAAAACUACACCAGUGAGGCGGCCUUCAUAGAGAACCUGCGCAAGCGCUUCAAAGAGAACCUCAUCUAUACAUACAUUGGUUCUGUGCUGGUGUCGGUUAACCCAUACAAAGACCUGGAGAUCUACACCAAGAACCACAUGGAACGAUACCGCGGCGUCAACUUCUACGAGGUCUCGCCACACAUCUACGCAGUGGGAGACAACUCGUACCGGUCCAUGAGGACGGAGGGGAAGGACCAGUGCAUCCUGAUCUCAGGCGAGAGCGGCGCCGGAAAGACGGAGGCGUCCAAGAAGAUCCUGCAGUACUACGCUGUCACCUGUCCGGCCAGCGAGCAGGUGCAGACCGUCAAAGACCGCCUGCUGCAGUCCAACCCUGUGCUGGAGGCCUUUGGCAAUGCCAAGACGUUGCGUAACGACAACUCAAGCCGCUUUGGCAAGUACAUGGACGUUCAGUUUGACUUCAAGGGUGCCCCGGUGGGAGGCCACAUCAUCAACUACCUGCUGGAGAAGUCCCGGGUGGUCCACCAGAACCACGGGGAGAGGAACUUCCACAUCUUCUAUCAGCUGAUCGAAGGAGGAGAGGAAGACCUGCUGAGGCGCCUGGGCCUGGAGAGGAACCCCCUGCAGUACCAGUACCUGGUCAAGGGUAACUGCCCCAAAGUGAGCUCCAUCAACGAUCGCAGUGAUUGGAAGGUGGUGAGGAAAGCCUUGACGGUGAUUGGCUUUAACGAGGACGAGGUGGAGGAGUUGCUGAACAUAAUCGCCAGCGUGCUCCACCUUGGCAAUGUGCAGUACGGCGGUGAAGAAGGCAAUGCUUGCAUAACUUCUGAUACACAGAUAAAGUAUCUGGCCCGGUUGUUAGGAGUGAAUGGCUCAGUGCUGACAGAAGCACUCACACACAAGAAGAUAAUUGCCAAGGGAGAGGAGCUGAUGAGUCCGCUGAAUCUAGAGCAGGCGUCGUCAGCUCGGGACGCUUUGUCCAAGGCAGUGUAUGGACGCACCUUCACAUGGCUGGUUAACAAGAUCAACGCGUCACUGACAUACACGGAUGAGUCUCACAAACACUACUCUGUCAUUGGCCUGCUGGACAUCUAUGGCUUCGAGGUCUUCCAGCACAACAGCUUUGAGCAGUUCUGCAUCAACUACUGCAACGAGAAGCUGCAGCAGCUCUUCAUCGAGCUCACCCUCAAGUCAGAGCAGGAGGAGUACGAGGCUGAAGGCAUCACGUGGGAGCCGGUGCAGUACUUCAACAACAAGAUCAUCUGUGACCUGGUGGAGGAGAAGUUCAAAGGCAUCAUCUCCAUUCUGGAUGAGGAGUGUCUGAGGCCUGGAGACGCCAGUGAUUUCACCUUCCUGGAGAAGCUGGAGGACACUGUGGGAGGACACCCACACUUUGUCACUCACAAACUGGCUGAUGGAAAGACCCGGAAGGUAAUGAGCCGUGAAGAAUUCAGACUGCUGCAUUACGCUGGAGAGGUCAACUACAACGUCAACGGAUUUUUGGACAAGAACAACGACCUGCUCUUCAGGAACUUAAAAGAGGUGAUGGUCAUGUCUGAGAACAAGAUCCUGACGCAGUGCUUUGACAGAGAGGAGCUGAGCGACAAGAAGCGUCCUGACACGGCGGCCACCCAGUUCAAAGCCAGUCUGGCGAAACUCAUGGAGAUCCUCAUGUCUAAGGAGCCGUCGUACGUCCGCUGCAUCAAGCCCAAUGACUCCAAGCAAGCAGGUCGAUUUGACGAAGUGUUGAUCCGUCACCAGGUCAAGUAUCUGGGACUGAUGGAGAAUCUGAGGGUGAGGAGGGCCGGCUUUGCUUACAGACGGCGCUAUGAGAUCUUCCUACAGAGGUACAAGUCCUUGUGUCCAGACACGUGGCCCAACUGGCAGGGCAAGCUGGCCGAUGGAGUGUCCACGCUGGUCAAACAUCUGGGAUACAAGCCUGAGGAGUACAAACUGGGCAGAUCCAAAAUCUUCAUCCGCUUCCCAAAGACCUUGUUUGCCACCGAGGAUGCACUGGAGACCAGGAAGCACAGUCUCGCCACCAAGCUGCAGGCAGGAUGGAAAGGCUACAGCCAGAAGUCCAAAUACCAGAAACUCAGAACUUCAGCUAUUGCGGUCCAGGCGUGGUGGAGGGGGAUCCUGGCCAGGAGGAGGGCCCAGCGCAGACGGCAGGCCGCCAACACCAUACGCAGGUUUAUCAAAGGCUUCAUCUACCGCCACAAGGAGCGCUGUCCAGAGAACGAGUAUUUCCUGGAUUACGUUCGCUACUCCUUCCUCAUGAACUUGCGCAGAAACCUGCCCAAGAACGUUCUGGACAAGAGCUGGCCGACACCUCCAGCUGCUCUCACAGAGGCAUCAGAGCAUUUGCGUAAGCUGUGUAUGCAGAACAUGGUGUGGAGCUACUGCAAGAAGAUCAGUCCUGAGUGGAAGCAUCAGAUGGAGCAGAAGAUGAUCGCCAGUGAGCUCUUCAAGGACAAGAAGGACAACUACCCACAGAGCGUUCCCAAACUGUUCGUCAGCACACGGCUCAAUGGUGAGGACAUCAACCCCAAGGUGCUGCAGGCUCUGGGCAGCGAGAAGAUGAAGUAUGCAGUGCCGGUCACCAAGUACGACAGGAAAGGCUACAAGCCUCGGCUCCGCCAGCUGCUGCUCACCGCUAACAGUGCCAUUAUCGUGGAGGAGGGCAAACUGAAGCAGCGCAUCGAUUAUGGAGCCCUGAAAGGCAUCUCAGUCAGCUCGCUCAGCGACGGCUUGUUUGUCCUGCAUGUGCCCAGUGACGACAACAAACAGAAGGGAGACGUGGUUCUGCAGAGCGACCAUGUGAUCGAGACCUUGACCAAGAUCGCCAUCUGUGCCGACAAAAUCAACAGCAUCAACAUCAACCAGGGCAGCAUAAAGUUCACAGUGGGUCAAGGGAAAGAGGGCGUCAUAGACUUCACGCCCGGAUCAGAACUACUGGUGGCCAAGGCUAAGAACGGACACCUGUCUGUGACGGCUCCCAGACUGAACUCCAGAUGAUGGACACUGUGGCCACACACACCAGGAACUCCUGACCUCUCCCAUCCUCCAAUCACACGACCGCAGACCCCGCUCUGCCUAAGCCAAUCAGACGCCAGCUGCCACUACACCAGUGGCAUGUGCUUCCAAUGAAAACAAACAAAAACAAAUAAAAAAUCCAGCGAGACUAAUUGAUAUAUUUAUGUUUAUAUAUAAUAUUUUUGGGAUUAAUACUGUUGCUGUUUGAAUAUUCAGAUUUUAUAUAUGAGGCCAAGAAAUAACAAAUAUUUUGGUGCAUUUUUCCUGCACCAUGCUUGUUUAUCGUGCUUUAUUUAGGAACAUGACCAAGAAAACAAUGAGGGAAGAGUUGGAAUAAGAGAGAAGAAGGGGACUGUUGUUGAUGGAAGUCAGAGUUAGCUGUUGCCUCUUUUUUCCUGUUUACUUUUUCUGCUUGACUCACAGACUUGAUUGUUUCCUGAGACGACUUUCUAACUGAGGCAGAUGGUGUGGAAGCGUGGAGGUGUUGAUCAAGGCUGACAGUAUGUAGGACAGCUGUUGAAAGGUUCAAGCAUGAGGAAGAACAACUUUGUAAUCAUACAGGGAAGACGCUGGUAGUGUCAGAUUGCUUCUCACUAUAUCUGAAUAGAUAGUUGGAUGUACUACUGAAUAUAUUUCAAAAAUCUUAAUGUGUACAGAGCUUGAAUAGAAAGGACGCUGAUUGUGAGGAAAUCACUACAACCUAUACAGCAAAUGCUGCAAAAAAGGAGCUAAGUAUGUGAGACGUGGGUGAGGUGGAGGCAACAGAAAGGUGAAGGGAGAGAAGAGAGGAUGCAGCAGUCAUUUGCCUUGAUGCACGGCGCUCGUGCCUUUCUCCUUGACUAAUUCAUUCAUAACAGUUGGAGAGGUCUUGAUUGAUGUAUGAAACCAUGACACUCAAGAACGAGUCGAGUUAAGUGUAGAUAGAACCCCGUGGUCCUCUGACUGAAUGCUGGACCAGCAGCACACUGCCCCAGACUCUCUCUCCGUGCUCAUCUUCUUUGCUUUGCUUCUCUAGACUUAAUCUUAUCAUCUGCCUGACGCCGGUGUUGUACUUUCUGCAUCAGUGAGUGAGUGUAGGAUGGCGUGGAGUUAACUUCGUCAUCUAUCUAAAUUUGUACUGACCCCUCCGCAUACAUGUCAGUCCAGCAGCUACAGGAACAGUGGCUGUGUGUAAUAGUGUGUAUGAUCGGAACACGUAGACACAAGCUGCUGUGCAUGAAGUGGAAUACCGUGACCUACAGAAAUAGUCUAAUGACUGCUCUGUCUGUAGGUGCUGCAGCUGUCCAUGUUCCCGUCUACACCGUUGUAUAGUCCAGUGUUAUGCUUUCUAUGUCUGCAGGAACGUGAAGGUUGGCGUGACAUACAUGUUGUCAUCUCCCCAAGCCCAUGCACACCCCUCCAUGUGCAUCCCAAAACCUGUGUCUGCACAGCAGCUACGCUGUAAGGGCGAUCGUGCACAUGUUCAGAAUACGUACAUACGACCGACUGUGCAUGUUCGGAACAAAAUCCUCGAAGCAAACUCCAGUGGGUUAGCAAAGUAAAAUAAUAGCAACGACUAUACGUCCCUGGUGUGUGUAGCUGAGCAGGUCUACUGGGGGUGUAAUACAGCUUCAGUAGCUUCUGUUCAGCUGCAGCUAAACUGGUCUAAUGACUGCGUGGCUAACGUGAGACCAACAUGAAUUAAUUUAGCCAAAACCAUCACAGCAUUUUUUCCCCCUUAAAAUAUCUCUUAGGUUUUUGCCACUGUACACCCGUACGAGACUAAAUGCAUCACGUGAGACUGAAAGUCCAACUUUAAAAAUACGUUUGAUACGUUAGCGAGUGUUCUUCAAAAUUGGACUUAGCUGAAAUGUCAGAGAAGGCCAGAAGCAGUGGGUUCAGACUGAAGCUACGAACAGCUCUGUUGUGUAGACGUUUGUUUGUGAGGAACUGGUUUGACGUUGUAGGGAAGGCCAAGAGCUCGAUAAGAAGAUUAGUGCUGCUUUCAUGGCUGUAUGCUAAAUAUGAAGCUACCACCCAGUUAGCUUAGCUUUGCUGAAUAAGCAAGUUGGCUGUGACCAAAGAUAUUUAAAAAAUACAAAACCCAUGCAUUGUGAUUUUAAAAUAUGGUAGACACCUGAGAUUUAACCAGGGAGCUUUGGACAUGCUGGCAGUCAGAUGUUUUUCACGUUCCAGAACGUUUUCCUUUUACGUGAAGCCAAGCUAACUGAAGCCUAGAACUGAAUUACCACCUUUUCUCAUUUAACUCCAAUACGAAGGCUUUUCAUAGGAGAAAACUUUCUCGAAUCGCGUCUGAAAUGUCACAUGACACUAAAAGAUGUUGGUAGAUCUGUAUAUAAAAGAUGGACAUAGCCUGCGGGUCUGGAAAGUGAAGCCAAUCCAGAAGUGCUUUAUACUUGCAUUCUUUGUGACAGCCAGCAGGGGGCGACUCCUAGUUGUAAAAAAGAAGUUCAGUUGUACAGAAGUUAAUGACAAAAUCCCCCUUCGUUUAUUCUGUCAGUAAGCAUGAUCCUAAUGAGCUUGUAGUGAAUUUACGACUCAGCUGCUACGUCCAUCUUUUAUGUAUAAUUUCUAGUGAAGGCGUCGGGCCUCCGACAGACCAGUCCAACAAUAAACCCCAACUCUCACCGCUGACCCCAACUCUUUUUUAAAGCCCGCGGUUGAGACCAAAGACUGACGGAGAAAAAGUUUUGUCACCAAAAGCUUUUUAGAGGAGCUCCAAAAUAUUUCCAAGUUUGUUUUCGUCUUUCUUCCUUGUUUCCCCGCCGUCACUCAGUGACGAAUGGCUCUGGGUGGCGAGGCGGGGGCAAUAUGCCGAUGCAGGACUGUGCUGCUGCACUUAUUAGCCAAAGACCCUGUUGAUUUUCUAGUGAUUCUGUGUUGUAUGAUUAAUAUGAUAUUACUGAGUUUGUUUUGCAGGAGGGAGAUGUAUUUGUACAGUUUGUGUUCCGUGUUAUGAAAUGAGAGUUUCAAGCCAAGUGAGGUUUGACGACGUGAACCGGGAGAAAAAGCUUUUAGUGUCGUUUGUUAACGCAAACUCGUUCAUGUGCCUUUGUUGGAUAGCAAUACGACUGUGGGGAGAGAAUACCUCUGACUGGUGGUCUGUGGUGCUGAAGGUUUGCCUCUCUGUGUAUAAGCUUUAUUCAAACCCAGUCCUGUUUGUCUGUUCAUGUACAGAUGCACUCCUCCUGUCAGUCCUGACUUACUGUAUGCACCCAACCAAUGUAUAAUUAUGCCAACACACUAAAAAUAAGAUACUUAAGAUUUGAAAAAUAAAUUUGAAAGGUAAAUACAACCAGA